CAGUGAUUACAAGCAUCCUCCCUUCCCCUUGGACACCCAAGCAUAACACCUAACACAUUGUUUCCACUGAGUGUCUUGGACUGAGGAGAAGCCUUCCAGCGAGAGGCAGGUUUCCGUGCAUGGCGAAGCUGUGUCCGGCUGGCAGGUGAGGAUGAGGAGGAUGGCUGGGGUGGAUGGCUGUCUCCAUGCUGGUGUUGGUGCAGCUGGAGCUGUGCUUGUGCAGGGCUGCUAUCAGUCUGACCGCCGCGGCCUCUGAUUGGACGGACUCCUGACAGCUCAGAGUUCUAUUGUAAGAAUGAGGCCCCGCCCCCUGCCAGGGCCUGGGGACCAUUCAUAAAACUAAACAACUCGCUCAAGAAGCCCUGAGAUACAGCUCCAGCCUCCCUGACUCACACAACACAGACACAGCCAUCACCAGUGCCAAGCCCUGCCACGGCCUGUGCCAGCCUGCCUACCCAUUGAAACCUCAACAGAACCUCAAGUUCAAGCCACCAGGGACAACUUUCCAACGCCUGCACCUAAGGAUUGGCUGUGCACACAACACAACGGGCUACGCCUCCCACCAAAAAAAAAAAAAAAAAAAAAGGCAAAGGGGAAAGGACCCUGUAAAGGAGACAAGUCAGGCUGGGGAUGCGGCGAUGAGUUUGUUCACUUUGGAUGCUGUGAUCGCUGCUGGUUGGCGCAUCCCUUUGCCCCACGAACACUUUGUUGCAAGCACUUGACACUAACUUGACGUGAUAUUCUCCAGCGUUCCAUCAGCUCUCAGCGUUCCACAAGGUUUAAGAAGCUGCCUAGGGUGAGGCUAAACGUAGUGUUUUCUGCCAACGUUUCCCUCCCUGCUCCGGCUAUCCCAGUGACCCCCCUUCCCUUUGGCAAGAAGGGGCAAAAGCAUUGGAUCCCUCAACGUACUGCGAGCCGGCGGUGUACAGCCCGGACCUGUGCCCCAACAUGAUCGCCGCCCAGGCCAAGCUGGUCUACCAGCUCAACAAGUACUACACGGAGCGCUGCCAGGCCAGGAAGGCGGCCAUCGCUAAGACUAUCCGGGAGGUGUGCAAGGUGGUCUCAGAUGUCCUCAAGGAAGUGGAGGUGCAGGAGCCCCGCUUCAUCAGCUCUCUCACGGAGAUCGACGCCCGCUACGAGGGGCUGGAGGUGGUCUCCCCCACCGAAUUCGAGGUGGUCCUCUACCUCAAUCAAAUGGGGGUCUUUAACUUCGUGGAUGACGGCUCCCUACCGGGGUGCGCGGUUCUCAAACUUAGCGAUGGCCGCAAAAGGAGCAUGUCCCUUUGGGUGGAGUUCAUCACGGCCUCUGGCUACCUGUCCGCCCGCAAGAUCCGCUCCCGCUUCCAGACCCUAGUGGCCCAGGCCGUGGACAAAUGCAGCUACCGGGACGUGGUAAAGAUGAUCGCAGACACCAGCGAAGUACGGCUGCGGAUAAGGGAGCGCUACGUGGUGCAGAUCACCCCGGCCUUCAAGUGUACCGGCAUCUGGCCUAGGAGCGCGGCGCAGUGGCCCCUGCCCCACAUCCCCUGGCCGGGGCCCAACAGGGUGGCCGAGGUGAAGGCCGAAGGCUUCAACCUGCUGUCCAAGGAGUGCUACUCGCUGACCGGCAAGCAGAGCUCCGCGGAGAGCGACGCCUGGGUGCUGCAGUUCGCCGAGGCCGAGAACCGACUGCUGCUGGGCGGCUGCAGGAACAAGUGCCUGUCCGUGCUCAAGACCCUGCGGGACCGGCACCUGGAGCUGCCCGGCCAGCCCCUCAACAACUAUCACAUGAAGACCCUGCUGCUGUACGAGUGCGAGAAGCACCCACGGGAGACCGACUGGGACGAGGCGUGUCUGGGGGACCGGCUCAACGGCAUCCUGCUGCAGCUCAUCUCCUGCCUGCAGUGCCGGCGGUGCCCCCACUACUUCCUGCCCAACCUGGACCUCUUCCAGGGUAAGCCCCACUCCGCCCUGGAGAGCGCAGCCAAACAGACAUGGAGGCUGGCCCGGGAGAUCCUCACCAACCCCAAGAGCCUGGACAAGCUAUGAGAAGAGGGGCACUUACCUGGGGACACAAGGACAUAGCUUUGGGAGGGGGUACACCUGUCCAACUUGGGAGCACUGGACCCCCCCAUACAGACCAUGAGAUACAUUGCACCAUGACGGCUCUGUCCCUUUGCAGGCCACAAAAUAAACAACGAGACAUUAAACAGAAACAUUGCAAAGGGGAGUUUACAGAACAAUUGAAGGAAGUCUAAAAUUCCAAAGUUGAAGAAUCUUGGGGUCUCCCCAUGCACAAGACAUUUCCCAAUUCCACCCCUUUGCUGUCACACCAAGCAGUAUGACACUGUGAUGGGCACACCUCAAGGGAAAAGGACAAACUUGUGAUCAACUCUAAUAGCAUUCCUCUUGAAAAUACUUUAAAUAUUUAUAGUAUAUAACCGAUCCUUUUGCAGUUAACCGACACACCUUAAAUUGGCUGGGGUCAUUGGCUAAUGAAUCAGUAUGAUAGAAUUGCACAGUGACAGGUUAAGUUCCUGUUUGUAACAAGAAUAAUUAAUUUGGAAGACCUUUAUGUAAGGGGGAUAUAUGUAAUAAACAGUCAAAUAUUAAAAUAUUACUGAUGGUCAUUUCUUCUGACCAUGUUUGAGCCAUUACAGUUUUGUUUACAAAUCGAGAGGUUACUUAAAAAACGUGACCUUACAGGAUCGUCACAACUGUUGAUCACAACUUUUACCAAAACCCCUCGUUUUUAUUACAGAUACAGAGACAGCAAAGUGGCAAAAGCACUGCUACUUAAAAACCUAAACAGUGUUGAAAAGAUUGGCACCCUUGAGCUAGUUGACAAACCAAACAAUCGCCCUAGUUCACUUAUGUGUUUGGCAGCACCCAUCAGUAAUGUGUGAUAAGCAUGAAGAGUGGACCAAGUCUCAGCAUCCUUCAAAGGGGGGACUUUUCUAAAGCUUUGGGAUGAAAAGGGACAUUUUGUUGCACAGAAAGAGAGAGGGAGGAAAAACUCUCUUUCCAAACAAUGUGAAUCAACUCACAAGAGAAGCAAUCGGACUUUUAAAAGGAAAAUUCAAGGUACAUUUUUUUUUCUAAAAAUAAAAAAAUGUAACAAUUUUCUUUAUUUUUUAUUUUUGCCUGAAUGUUUGUCACCAAGUGAACAAAAAAUUAUUUAAACUAUAUGUACAAAAUUCGCUUUUAAACUAUUACCGAUGUUAAAUGUAUUAUAGUGCCAAUGUUAGCCUGCUAACAGCAGCUGACUCACUGAAACAUGAAAUAAAUAAAGGAACUUUAAUAAAAACUAUUACUUUAAAUUGGUAUGGCUUUCUUCUGGGUUUUUAAUCACAAAAGUGACAGAA